AUGAUGUUUCUCAGCGUAUUGUUGUCAUUGCCCUUCGUGCAUAAUGCCGUUGCACAGCGCAAUGAUGCGGACAUGAUGUCGUUCAUGACGCUUCCCGACGUGCGGGCAAUGAAAUUCGAAACUGAAAUCAAAGACCGGGAACGCUUGACCGAAGGCUACUGGUUCGUGGCGCCGUAUGGCCAGAUCGACCCCGAACAUCCGACCAAGCGAUACGAACAAUAUCAGAUUGGGCCAUACAUCUACGACAAUGAUGGUAUCCUUAUCUGGGCUGGGUCGCCCAUGACCGAUAACCUCAACGUGUUCGAUUUCAAGGCCGUCUGGCACAUGGAUGGCGACCCGCGCCUGUCGUUCAUCUGGCAGCGUGAUUUUGAAGGUUCGACGCCAGGGAGCGGCAUGGUGUUGAACCAUCAUUAUGAAAUCGAGAAUGAGGUCGGUGUGACCAAUAACCUCGCUGCCUUCAAUAUGCACGAGUUCAACAUCUUGCCAGGUGGUAAGACGGCGGUGGCCUGCACGUACCGGUCGCAGGAGAAGGACUUGUCUGAUUUCGACCGGCCCAAUGAGAAGACUUGGUUGCAGACAGGCGGGUUUGUCGAAAUCGAUAUCGCGACAUCUGAGGUUCUUCAUGAAUGGGAUUCCCUCGACCGCGUUAACCUGCACGAGUCUAAUAUGUACCACGCUUGGGACGCUCCGGCUGGCAAGCCAGGAUCAGACUAUGUGCACAUCAACGCCGUCGAUAAGAACAACGCUGGCAACUACAUCAUCUCGAUGCGUUAUACCAACACUCUCUACUAUAUCGACGGAAAGGACGGUCAUAUCAUCUGGCGCCUAGGUGGAGCGGACAGCGAUUUUGAAAUCAACUUCACGUUCUCCUUCCAGCACGACGUCAAAUUUGUCUCUUCCAACGGCACACACCACGUCAUCUCGUUUAUGAACAACGCAUCCACCGAGCGCGGCAACGACGAGGAUCACUCCUGCGCGUUCGUCGUAGAGAUUGACGAGACUGACAUGUCAGCUAAGGUCAUUCGCCGCAUCAACCGCCCGGACGGCGGUCUGACCCGUCUGCGUGGUAACGUUCAGCUGCUCCCCAACGACAAUGUCUUUAUCGGCUGGAGUGAGCGAGGCUACCAUACUGAGCAUGCCCCUAACGGCGACCUCCUACUAACUGCCCGAUUUGCCUCGACUCGCUACUCGACGUACCGUGCCUACAAGUUUCCCUUUAUCGGUCGGCCCCUGACCCCGCCAGACGUGGUGUCUUCUGUCUACGGCACUAACGACGAGGAUCUGACGACCAUCGUAUACGCUAGCUGGAACGGCGCUACGGAUGUCGCCGGGUGGAACUUUUACGCUCAGGCGUACGACAGGGGUGACAAGGUGUUGAUUGGUUAUGCCGACAAGGUUGAUUUCGAGACUAUGUACAUUGUGGAUGGUUUUAUGGACUGGAUCUCUGCGGAGGCGGUCGAUUUCAACGGCACGGUGAUGGGCACUUCCAAGAUGCACCGCACCGAGACCCCUGAUCACUGGAAGAGCUCCGGCUGGCAGGGCCACUCGGACCACCCCGCGCCCGAUGACCCAGAGCUCAUCAAAGCCAACGUGGGUAAUUCGCCUGCCGCGGACACCGACGGGAUGGAUGGCAUGGAUGGCAUGUCGGACGGCGCCAAGUCUGGCAGCACGUACGCCGAUGCUAAGCAGGUCACAAAGGCCGUGUACAAGGCCUACGAAGUGAUCAAGGGCGUUGGUGGCUUCUUGAUCUUUAUCCUGGUGGUCUGCUCUGUGGGCGGUGCGCUCUACGGUGCCUGGCGCAUGGUUCGCUACCGCCGUCAUCGUGCAUACCAUCACAUCCCUAACGAUGAGGGCUUACCCAUGGAUGAAGCCCGAGCUGUGAAUGAUGCUCGCUCCUUUUCUCUAGACGAGGCUCGCUCUCUGGAUAACGGAGCCAGAUCGCCUCGCCCCGAGUGA